UAGCGUUGUCCCGCUCCCGCGCCAACUGCAGCGGAAUGCGCCCCAACAGCAACACCAGCAACAGCAGCAACAGCAGCAACACGGCCAACAGCAACGGCAUUCGCAACCAGUUCGUGUUCGAACGUUAUAAGGUGCACAUGUGAAAGGGAGCGUGUGCUAGAGCGCCGCGUUUUUGCCGUCGAUAUUUCGUCGAUUUCUCGUUGCCGCCGCGUUUUGCGAGUGCUAGCCAAAUAAUCCUAACGGAAAUACGCCGCCAGUGACAGAUACAACUGCAAAUACCUAAAAAAUCCACGAGAUACUUUCGGUUGGCCCAAUGUCGUUAUGGUCGUUAUCGUGCCAGUGCCCACUGUGAACACACCCAGUCGAAACUGAGCUGUUAACCCGCUAAGCACAUCGUUUGAUGUAGCAGCUCCACCACAUAUCCUUCAGCAGACUGCCCACGAGAGAGAGAGAGAGAGAGAGAGAGAGUAUCUUAAGACUAGGUCUUAUAUAGUCGUAUAGUCAUAUAGCGAAAUGGCUGCCUACACACAAUUCGGAUACGGAGGCUUUCCGUCGGCCUCGCAGCUCCUGCCGCCAAGUGUCCAGCCGACGGAGGACGCUUCCGCGAACGUGAACGUGAAUGUGAAUGUGAACGAGGCGCUGGUGAUGACAAACGCCCCGGCGAUGAGCCCCACGGGAGGUCAGGAUUGUCAGGGCAGCCAGCCGCCGGGCGGAGCUGGCGGAGAUGCCUCCUCGGGGGCGCUGAGUCCCAAUGCGCUUUCGCAGAACUCGAAUGCGGCGACGGUGGUUGGAGCAGGAGGUGGAUCCUCGGCGGGCGGAGUAGGACCAGCGGAUCUGGCCGCCGGUGGCUCCCUGGACGGCAGCGGCGUGGGCACGACGCCCACUGCCGGUGGUGCUGGUGGUGGUGGUGGUGUUGGUGGCGGCGUUGGUGGAUCCUGCUGCGAGAACGGGCGGCCCAUAAUGACCGACCCGGUGUCGGGUCAGACGGUCUGCUCCUGCCAGUACGACUCCGCCCGCCUCGCCCUCUCCAGCUACUCCCGCCUCCCGGCGGCCAGCGUCGGCGUCUACGGAACGCCGUACCCCUCCACGGACCAGAAUCCCUACCAGAGCAUCGGAGUGGACAGCUCUGCCUUCUACUCGCCGCUGAGCAAUCCGUACGGACUGAAGGACUCGGGCGCGGGAGCUGAGAUGGGAGCUUGGACCUCAGCUGGACUUCAGCCCACUACGGGCUACUACUCCUACGAUCCCAUGUCGGCCUACGGAGGAUUGCUUGUUUCUAAUUCCAGCUAUGGAGCCAGCUACGACCUGGCCGCUCGUCGCAAGAACGCCACCCGUGAGUCCACGGCCACGUUGAAGGCCUGGCUGAAUGAGCACAAGAAGAACCCGUAUCCCACGAAGGGCGAGAAGAUCAUGCUGGCCAUCAUCACCAAGAUGACCCUCACCCAGGUGUCCACUUGGUUCGCCAAUGCGCGUCGUCGCCUGAAGAAGGAGAACAAGAUGACGUGGGAGCCGAAGAAUCGCACGGAUGACGAUGAUGAUGCCUUGGUAUCGGACGAUGAGAAGGACAAGGAGGACUUGGAGCCGAGCAAGGGCAGCCAGAGUGGCAGUUUGGCCAAAGAUGAGACCAAAGAGGAGGAGGAUGCCAUAGAUGAGGACCAAAAGUGCCUCGGUCAGGCGAACAUACUGCGUGCCGGCUUUGGCUAUUCAGCAGCCGGAAGUGGUGGUGGUGGUGGUGGCGGUUACCCCGGUGGAGGUGGCUCCACCAGCGGUCAUCCCGGUGGCUACCAACCGUAUCAUCAUCAGCAUCCCGCUUACUAUCAGGCAGGCCAGCAGGGCGGUAUGUUGCCAUUUCAUGGGGAGAACUCCAAACUGCAGACGGAUCUUGGGGAUCCAAAAAACCAGCUAGGCCGGGACUGUGGCGUGCCGAUUCCAGCUACCAAGCCGAAGAUCUGGAGUCUGGCCGACACAGUUGGCUGCAAGACACCGCCGCCGGCUUACAUGGGUCACCAAUCGAUGCCGCUGCAGCAGCAGCAGCAGCAACAGCAGCAGCAGGCGCAGCAUCAGUAUCCGCCACCGGAGGCAGGACGAGAUCAGCAGCUGUUCAAUGGGGCUGCAGCUCCAUACCUGAGGCCGCACACCACGGCCUACGGGGGUUUUCUAGGGGCUACGACCCAGCAGCUGCAUACUACGAGCAACAGUAUCCCCUACAGCAAUAUGCCCCCGCAGCAGCAGCAGCAGCAGCAGCAGCAGUUGCAGCAGGGCGGUACCAUCCAUACUACGGGAAGUUCGAGCGGACCAAUACCGCUGCAGUUCCACAAUCGGCAUCCGCAGCAGCAGCAGCUGCAGCAGCAACUGCAGCAGCAAUCUCAAUCCACAGCGAGUCAGCGGGCGAUGGGGUUUCUCGAAGCCCAACCAGAUACUCCACCCCAAACUCCGCCGAAUAUGAAGGUGCUGAGCGGAGCUUUGAGUCUCCUGCCUACCGCUUCUCAAGUCCCUAUGACCGCUACCUGUCGCAGCAGUAACGCCUUUGGGUUCCCCGCCACCGGCUACCCCAUGAACUUCUCGGCCAGAUUGGGGGAGUACUCGCCGCGGGAUGACUACAGCAGCGGGAACAGCAGCAGCAGCAGCUCCUCGUCGCCGCAACUGCAAAGGAAUGAGGCCAUGUUCAAGCCGCUCUUCAAGAAGUUCACCAACUAAUCGGAUGUUGGACUAUAUACGAGUAUAGCUACUUUAUGGGAUCGUGCAAGAGCCAGACGGAUUGUGUAAUAUUAACUGUAGCCGUUUAGCGUGUUAAGUAACUUCAAGUUUCAUUCAAGUUAUGCAUCUAUGUAUCUAAGAGUAUCUAGAGUACCAGAUCAAAUGUUUCUCUUCUGAAAACCGCAAUGUAAGCUUAGGCUAAACACUUAAUACUAAACUAGCGCAUUAAGAUUGUAAACUGUGAUACGUUUUUCAUUGUCUAACAGACUUCACACUAAACACUUCGUCUAUAUGGAACACAUAAUCUAAAUAAUUUUAGCUCGUUUAAUAAAAUUCUUUAUAAUCAUG